AUGGGGUGGGCGCACCCGGCGGUGGCCAUGGAGGAGGUGCUCUUUCUGGUGCGGGGUUUCGUGGACGUCCUUGUCCUUGCCGGCGGCCGCACCUCGUCCGGCGCCGCUGCUACUUGGAGCGCCGACGAGGUCAAGAAGGCCCUCCGGUGGGCGCUCUUCUUCGAGGGGUUAGCGAUUUUCAAGGACCUGCAUGACUCGGGCCAGUACGAGGAUUCUGCAAGAGAGCUCGAUGCGGCACUCCUUGAGCUCACUUCAAGUGCCGAGUUCCCCAAGGGUCUUGCUGCUGUACGUUCAGAAAUGCUUUCCAUGGCAAGGGUGUUGGUUAUGCGACAUUUCCUGAAAGCAAAAACAAUGAGCGUGGAAAACCUUGGUGCUCUUCUUGAAGCGGUUGUUGAGAUGGAUAUUGAUGGCAUUUGUGCUAGUGGUGCGCACAACGCAUGCCAUGAGUAUGCCGAGUCAAUAUUGAAUAUGAUGAAUCUGUCAUGUUUUGCACAGACCAUGAAUGCUCGUGACGGUGGACUUCCCACUAGUUCUGGUGAACCACGGGCAGAAUCCACGGGCCAUUCAAGGAUUAUAGUUAAAGAAUUUCAGAAAACGCUGGAUUCAUCGUCGUGUGCUUGUUUGGCUGAGAGAGGACUGAAAACACUUUUGAACAGUGUGGAAAGAAACAGCUUGGAUGAUGGUAGUAAUAAGCCAUGCACCCCAGCAGUUCCAAAGUAA